AUGGCUAUUUCUGCCCUGUCCUCAGACCAAAAGAGACAGGCAUUAAGUAUAUUUAAAGAUGUAGAGUUCCACAGAUUGACUGCGUACACCGAAGAUAACUUUCCACCUCCCGCAACGUCAGAGCAGAAAUGUUCUCCAGACCACAAGGUCCAGCGCCCAGUGGUUACCUCAACAUAUUUGGCAGACGGGGCCAGAGUGUGGGCUCCUGGGAGGCUUUCGGAAGAACACACAAGACCUUCUUUUGCUGGAAUACCUGACAUUCCUCACCAACUUGUAAAGAACAUUUUAUUUUCACGAUUGUUACUGAUGGAGAGUGUACAAUGUUUUGGAUGCUGCAGCAUCUGCUGAAAUGAUUGAAAACAGAAGUUUGCUGAGGUCAUGAUAACGAAGGUGCUGAGAUCACUCGUAGCGUAGAAAGCAGGUGUUUUUAGAGAUUUUGGAAACUGUUACCUAAUUUUCAAUCCUGUUAUUUUUUUUUUGUUUUUAUUUUUAUUUGACACACGUUAACAAUUAUGUUGCUUUAAAAUAAACCGGCCGCGACAAGUUAAUUUUAAUUGGUAACCUCUUCCUUAUAGCUUUAGAAUGUUUCUUUGCUAAUAUUUAAAGUGAAUUUUAAGGCCAGAGUAGUCAAACUCAAUUAGAGAAUCUUUCUAAUUAAGCUAUUUUGACAUGAAAUUUGAAAUUCACUUUAAGUUUUCACUUCAGUGAAUAACCCUGUGGGAGAGUUAAUUCAAUACUUACCUCCUCUCCACCAUUAAUAUUAUUGUCAUCUUGCCAGAUUUGUGUUUUUUUACACCAAUCCCAUUCCCUCCUACCUCUCACCCCUCACCUGCCUGAUUGGCUCUGCUUAGGACCAGAGGUUAAGGGUAGCAGAAGACACCUCCCUUACGAUGCUGACACAAUAACUUGCAUUUGGUGUAAAAUUCACAUAUUUUUACCAAUUAGGAAUGUUAUUAAUUCACAAUCCUUCUGUUCAUAAUACAAUAACAUACAAUAUACAAUAUAAAUGUAUCAUUCAUCAAAUUGGGAAAAGAGAACACUGGCAAAGUAGUUGCAAAUUUUAGACACAUUUUCUCUGACUUCAGAAAUGUAAUUUUGUUAAUUUGACUAUUAUAGCCUAAAAUUUGCAGUUCCUUUAUUAAUCUCCAUAAUUUCCCGCUCAGUGAAUAAUCCCCUACGACGUUUAUAUUCCUAUUUCAUUGCAACAUUUAAUUAUAAAGCAUAUUAUAAGAAGCACAAGAAGAAAACUACAUUUAAGUGGCUGACGUCUCUUCAAGCCACAAGACCCUAGGCCUUUGCCUAGUUUUAUAUAGAAAGGUCCCACGAAAAGAUGGCUUUACCUGAAAUAAUGGUAAUGUAUUUAUGGCAAAUUAUAUAUUAACAGGGACUACAGACAUACAAUUAGUCAGUUGUCCAUUUUUCAGACCUGUUAUUACUAAGAUAUAACUAUACAGAGUAUUUUCAGUUUGUUGCGAACCUCUUAUUACCGAUGGGAAUAAUUCUACCACCCAAAGCACCAAUAAACAAGAAUGAUAUCAGUGGACUCUUUUUAUUUUACCAGUGGAUAGGGGUCUGGGAACAUUGAUAUGCAAAUUCCUUUAGAACUUUUCUAACAGUGUCAUGGGGGUGAUUAAUCAGUCCUCACACAGUUCAGGGCAUAUCCACAGCCUUGCUGUUUUUUUUGGUUUUUUUACAAAGACCUAUUCACUUGUUUUGAAGAAUAAAUUUACGGCCUCCGUGACAUCCAGGGGGUAACACUACAUGGGGAUAGAGGUGGGUUUUAAACAGAGAGUUUUGGUAAGCUGGUAAAAAAAGGCCAUUAUGGCAGCCUUAUAUGUUCACGUUCAGCCACUUUAGUCUAUGUUGUAUCAACAUUCCCCUAUAGGAGCGCUCACACUAUAUUUGUGUUUUUUGUAACUUAUUACCUAUGUUGUAUCAACACCUUAUAACUCAUUUUCAGUGAAUGAACCCACAAAUUAAAUUUUCUUUAAAAGCUAUAAAGUACAAUUAGUGAUGUCCCGAACGGUUCGCCGAACGGUUCGCCGAAUGGUUCGCCACGGACGGCGAACAUAAACAUAAACUUUGACCCUGUACCUCACAGUCAGCAGACACAUUCCAGCCAAUCAGCAGUAGACCCUCCCUCCCAGACCCUCCCACCUCCUGGACAGCUCACUAAGAAUGCAGCUCCACAAUGAAUGUAAAAUGGAUGCUGUCCAGGAGGUGGGAGGGUCUGGGAGGGAGGGUCUGCUGCUGAUUGGCUGGAAUGUGUCUGCUGACUGUGAGGUACAGGGUCAAAGUUUAUGUUCGCCGUCCGUGGCGAACCGUUCGGGACAUCACUAAGUACAAUAUGUGCCUAAACUCAAGGUAUAAAGUGAAAGGCGGAAUGGUACAACUUUUGACAGAAUUAUAUAUAUAUAAUUGACAGACUUGCAAAUUUUAGGUGUUAAAGAUAAUUUUUCAGACUUAUGUCAAGAAAUAUAAAAAGUUUUAUUUUACAUCUGUAAACUAUAUGAUUUAUAUUAUUAAAGGGACACUACAGUCACUCAGACCGCGUUAUCUCAAUAAUGUGAUCUGGGUGCAGUGGCCCUGUCCUUUUAACAUUGCAUUUUUUCUAAAAAGACUCCUCUCAGAUAUUUUGAGGGCAGAGAUACUAUUGUCCCCGCAACUUUAUCUCCUCCAUGUAGACCCUCCCCAACUGGAUAAACCUUCACUUAACUUAAUGAUCCAUAUUAUGUUGGCAGUAAAAAAUAUGCAUAACCAGAAAUUGGAAAAAGCAAGGGCAUCAAAAUUGGCAUGAAAUAACAUCCCAAAUAAACUACCAAUGCUCUAUGGAGAAAGAUUAUUUUUUGAUGAAUAAUCAAUUGGUCCUAUAUAAAAAAAAUCUGGGAAAAAUGAUUCACAUCUUCCUAUACUAAUAUGCUCUGGAUAGUUUAAUUAGGAUUUUUAAACUGUGAAUCUCAGGCUCAACGGCUUUUAGAGCUAAUCCUGAACCACCUACCCCACAUCCGUAUGAAUGAUGUAUGUAGUAUGAAUGUGGAUAGAAUGUUGAUUGAUUAAUUCAGAAAAUAUUUCUGAGCAUUGUGCUAAAACAUAUAUAUAUGUAUUUUAAUGUCAAGUUCUGUUUUGUACCCUAUAUGCUUCAGACUUUAAUAAAGAUGAUAUAUAUAUAUAUAUAUAUAUAUAUAUAUAUAUAUAUAUAUAUAUAAAUUAACAUUGCAUUUUUUUAUAGAAACUCAUUGCAGGGUUAAAUCCACCUCGAGUGGCUGUCAUGCUAACAGCCAUUAGAGGUGCAUCAGUUGUGCUGACUGAGUAAAAUUCCUUCAUGUGAUGCUGAAGCCCAUAGGAUAGGAAGCCCAACACUGGAUUGGUUCAUCACACAGGAGGCCACUCAUCACUAAUGACAUCAAGGAAGGUGGAGUGGUAAGCAGCACUGAAGGAGCCACGUUGCUGGAAAAAGUUGAGUAAAAACCUUUAUUUUAUUCUUUUUACGGCAAAUUAGAGAUGCAGGGGUGUAUUUAACUGGAGACAAGAUCACUAUAGCCUUAGGAAUACAAGUUUGUAUUGCUAACACUAUAAUGUUCUUUUAACCAUAUUAUAAAUUAUGUUUUUCCACACAAUAACCCUGUUUUAGGGAGCUUUUGGUUAUUUUUUUUUUUUAUUUACUGCAUGAUCAGAAGCACGUUUAAUUGCACUAAAGUUGCAAACAUAUGUUACAAAAAAAUUUCUCACCAAUGUCCAUUGCUUUCUAUUGAGACUUUAGCUGUAUACGUAGUGUGUUUUUGUAGGAUCCAGUGACAUCAUGGUAAAAUGUUCUCCUAGCAACCUAUACUGCACAGUUUCCAUCCUAGGUUCUAAUACAGAGGUAAAUAAACUCCUGUCAUUCUUCCCUGCCCCCGCUAGCUAAUAUUAGGAAUCAGAAUACAGGACUGGCUCUCAUCUACAAGAAACUCAAGAUGGGAUAUUAGAUUUCAUUCACCACCUACAACACUCUAUAUGUAGUCUGCUUUCAGCAAAUACUUACCGUAAAUAAGUAAUUAUAAAUACAGUUUACGUAAGAUAUCAGAGGAUUUAAUUUGGUCACAAGUGAAGCCCACAAAAUAUAGAAUUUGAGGGUUUUUUUCCCCCUUUAGAUUGUAAGCUCAAAAGCCAUCUUAGUAUGCACUUUGCCAUUUGUCUUUUUGAACUGGUGUCUCUAUCUUGUAUUUUCUUGAAUUCCCCACUUGCAUAUUGCUGUUGAAUAUGCUGACAUUUUAUAAUUAGUAAGUAAUAUAAUAUUUCCCAUGUCUGACUAAACGUUGGUUGAAAAAUGACUCAAGUCGAUCAAGUUAAACAAAUCUUUUUGUGCUUUUGAUAAUAUAAAUAAAAAAAUUAAAAAAAUUAAAAAAAAACCUCUUAGUUUGAAGCAACUGCCAAUUGUGCCACAAAAGUGAAAAAAAUAAAAUAAAAUUCUGGACUUUAUCAUAGAAAUCAGAUUUCUCCUUGGGUCAACAAACUGUUCCUGGGCAUUAUAUUUAUUUCCUUAAAUAUUUUGUUUUCCAAAAUAAUAUUCCAGGACUGUUUUAAAAAAAUAGCACCAUGCUGUCAAGUUUUUGAUCAGGUCACACAAGAGACUUAUACCGGGGUUAACUUUAGUUCUUUUUUGGUAAUCUUUGACAUGGUACCUUUUCUAGGAACAAUACGUACAGCAGGACUUAAAGGGAACUGGAAAUAAUAUAAAAUAGAGGUUUAGGGAAUAUGCCCAAAACACGUAACUUGGGGAAAAAAACUCCUAUAAAGAAAAAUAUAGAACAAUGGGUGAAAGCAAGACCAACAAGUGAGAUUAUAGGCAAGUAUAUUGAGGGCUACAGAAUAGAAAGUUAGGCAAUAUGCCCGAGACAGGUUAGGCAAUAGGUAGAAGGAGAACCUAUAAGCGAGAUAAUAGGCAAGUAUAAGGAACGUUACUAGAGUUUAGACAAUAUGCCCCAGACGGGCUAUUUGGUAGUAGGAAAACCUAUAAGUGAGAUUAUAGGUAAUUAAAGUGAACAAAAACCUAUACAAUGAAAAUAUAGGUUACAGGAAAACAAAUAUAACAAAUAUAAGAAAUACAGGUUAUUCAGACUUUUAGGGGUAUCAACCUCUUUAGUUUUGGAUAAAGUGUUGCAGAUUUCAGAUAGUUGUAACAGGGUCAUUCAGGAUAGUUGCAAAUUAUUUAUAAAAUAUUUUACCAGGAAAGAUACAUUGAGAUUUCUCUCGUUCUGAAGUAUGUCCUGGGUCCACAAAACAUUGCAUUGUUACAUUAGGGUACAGUAAAACACAAAAACAAUAUUAAUACACAAAAUUUAACAUAGAACAGAUAGGAAAUAUAUAAUAAACCAUAACACGUGCAUUCUGUUUUGAGGUAUGUAGAGAGAGAUCUCUUAAAGGACUUUAGGCUUAGGGAAGAUUUUAAAGUGUGUGGGAGGUCGUUCCACAAUUGUGGCGCUUUGUAGGAGAAGGAGGAUCGGGCAGCUUUCUUUUUGUAUUGAGGUAGACUAAAUAAAGUGCUGGUACUGGAUCGGAAGUUAUAGGAGGUGGGAACAGCCGAGGAGAGCAUUUUGCUUAGGUAGGGUGGGAGUUUCCCAGAAAAGCUCUUAAACACAAGGCUGGAAAGAUGAAGGGUGCGUCUGGAUUCCAGCGAGAACCAAUUUAGUUCUUUUAGCAUUUCACAAUAGUGGGUCCUGUAAUUACAUUGUAGCACAAAUCGGCAGAAUGAGUUAUACAAUGUAUUGAGUUCAUUAAUGUGAGAUUGCGGUGCAGAUGCAUAUACUACAUCCCCAUAAUCAAUGAUUGGCAUAAGCAUUUGCUGAACAAUCUUUUCCUUUACUGUAGGGCUUAGGCAGGAUUUGUUUCUGUACAGGGCACCUAGUUUUGGAUAAAGUUUAGAUGCAAGCUUUUCUAUGUGGAGGCCAAAAGAUAGAUUGGGUUCUAACAACAUACCCAAAUAUUUGAAAGAGUGGACUGCAGUCAGUGUGCUAUUUGAAUUAGUUUUAAUGGAUAGGUGGGAAUUGUGUAAUUUGUAUAAUUUAGGUACUGUUCCAAAGAUCAUAGUUGCAAAUAACAGGAAUGUUUGUGUUUUCCAGGUUGGUUGCGUAGAUGAGGUAGGUGUAAAGUAGGUUUGGAAUAAAGCAAGACGGUAUUAAUGUCCGUUGUGGAAUUAAGCAGGUAGGUAUUGUAAAUCAGGUUUGUCCCCAAACUUAUUGGUAAAAAUCAGAUUGGAAAUGAAGCAGGUUAAUAGGAUAAAUCAGGAUGGGUGCUAUGCUAUUCAGAAAAUAACAGGUUUUCUCUGUAGGAGACAGGAUCAGAAGAUCAGUCAGGUUGAACAUCAAGUUCAGUCAUUCAAUGUAAAGGCCAUUUGUUCAGCAGGGUGUGGCCUCUUAUAGCUGAUUUAGUAAUCAUGCUAGGCAGGUUAAAGAAACUGUGGUUAGACUAGUGUGUAGGGAGGCAACUAGUGGUGAAAACUGGAAUUUGUAGAAAUAAAAUAGAAAAAAUGAAAGAUAACUUUGCUUGUCAGGAUAGGAUCAUGACACAAGAAGGGAUAUUCACUGAAGUCUGAAUGCCCCCUGAAACGAAUGGGGAAAAUAAAUACUGCUGUACGGGGUAAUUUGGACUAUAAAAUACGUAAGUUGUUGAUGGAAUUCAUCAAUGUCUGGAUUUUGUAGUUCAGGACCCAAAUUGGCCUGAAUUUGGCCCGGAUUUCAGCUGGGCCAAUCUCUGCCUUGAUGGCUGAAAUCCAGGAUAAAUGCUGCAAAUUCAAGCUUGGCAAAUUCAACUUCGAGCACAGAUUUUAAAAAGCUGAACAAUUUGCCAUCUGGAAGAACUGGCAGCCAGCGAGCAAAAAGUUAAAUCCCUGUGCCGUGCAAGGAUUAAUUAUGUGGUGGCUGGUCAGCGCUUGCUAGCCAGUCACUACAUGGAAAUAGCAAAAAAAAAAAGGUGGUGGCUUUUCUACUAAACAUUUAAAAAUAGUGACUGGGCAGCCAUUUCUGCCCAGGCUCUAGAAAAGAACAAGUCCCAUGAGGCCUGUGAAAUAACAGGGGUGCACAGUGGGCAUUGGAUAGGGUUUACUUUGCAUGUGUCCCCCUGCUGGCACCCAUCCAUGAAGGCAGGUCUAGGCCCUAAUACGUAUAAUAAAUGGGGAAACCUAGUGUCCCCUCCCCUGGCCUCCACCUAUGCCUAGUUAAAAAAUGGACCCUAAUUAAUUAUGAAGUAGGUGGGGUAGACAUACCAUUGUCCACCUUCCCUAAAUAAUAAGUCUGUCCCCUCCCGAUGGCAGGUGUUCACCAAGCCACCUCCUAAAAUAAAUUCCCUACCAACUCAUCCUAAUAAUAGUGUGAAGGCAGACAGAAAAUAAAAAAUGUGUAAAAAUAAAUAAAAUGAAAAUAUAUGUAUAUGCUUCCCAUCUGAAGUAUUCUUUCUUAUAACUCUUUUUUUCUUUAGCUGCAAAAAAUACGCAAUAAUCUUCUUUCCACUCUCUCUAUUCCUUCUUUUUUUCUUCUUCCCCCUCCCUUCCUCCCUUGUGGAUUACUGAGAAGAGACAAGGUGAUUUGGCAGCUAACUAGGGUCCUGAAGAUAACCCUUAUGCUACAGCCAUAAAAUGUCACCUCUAUAUGUAGUGGGCUCGAGGGGCCUUAUGCUGGAACUGACAAAUCAUAUUGGGCAAGAGGACAUUCUGAAGACGAAGCUGAGCGACUCAUAAUGCAACACCAGUUUUUUGAGCUAUGUAUUCAUGUUAUGCUGCUGUCAUUAUCAAGACCUGUGUGUCUCCUGUGCUAAUUUUUCUAAUUAAAAAAUCUGCUCAUCUCAGCUGGUAAAUACCGUGAAUUUAAUGUGUUGGGGACCUGUGUGUCCCGCCUACUGCUUGUUUUGAAAAUUGAAAAUUUUCUUAAUAAAAAUUAAUUUACAGGAAAAAAA